AAAUCGAGAAAAACGAAGCAAAAUUUUGUUGGAAAUAAUAUAAAAUAUUUAGCUUGUCGCUUAUAAUUUACCGUCAAAACCUAAAAUGGAGGAGACCGACGUUCACAUCGACGUAAGCGGAAAUAUGGACACGCCGAAGCAGGAAUCAAAAUCUGGUUUCAACAUGUCCGCGUUUACCAGUUUCGCUCGGAUUCCGAGUUUGUGGGAACUCCUACGCCUCACCCGACAGAAUGUUCGACCCUGGUCAGAAUUUUUACAGACAUCAAAUUUCAAAACCGUAGCAAACAUCCCAAGACUCUCGAACCGAAUCAUUCGCAAUUUGGGCUACUUUCAGAGCAAUUACUUGUUCGUUUUUCUCGGAUUGAUUGUCUAUUGUCUGCUGACAUCCCCCCUGAUCCUGAUCGUUUUGGGAGCCGUAUUCUACGCAUGCUACAAAAUCAAGCAAGCAAACGCUCCAGUGGCUUUCUUCUCCCGACAGUUGAACACAAAUCAGCAAUGCAUUGCGGUUAACGUCGCCUCGAUCCCGCUGCUAUAUCUGGCUGGAGCGGGUGCAGUCAUGUUCUGGGUUUUGGGAGCAUCCUUCUUUGUGAUAUCGCUACAUGCGGCCUUCUACAAUAUCGAUGCGAUCGUUACGGAGGACACGGAAUCUUUUCUUACGGAAACAGUCUAAAAUAGUCCUUCUAAAUCAACGUCAAUUGCUAUACUAUCUUUGUCUCAGUAUAUUAAGAAUGUAGCUUAGAAGCGAAGAUACCAGUAGAGUAAAUUGUCGGUAGCCGAAAAUGAGACGAAUUAUCAAUUGAUUGGUAUCUGACCAUAGAAGCUGUAUAUCAUCACUAAAGCCACUCAGAGCAAUAUUUUUUUGUGAAAUUUGAAUAUCCACUUACGAAUAACAAGCUUGAUAUCGAAGUAAAUAUAUCAGUUAUUAUUUAUCGUUACUUUUGUAUGAAACAAAACUUGUUUGAUAAUAAAUUUC